AUGAGUCGGGUAGUAUUUGUCGGAAAUGUUCCAUACGAUAUGACAGAGGAACAACUUACCCAGGUGUUCAGCACCGUGGGUCCCGUCGCAGGAUUUCGGCUAGUCUUUGAUCGAGAAACAGGAAAAGCCAAGGGAUAUGGAUUUUGCGAAUUUUUUGACCAUGAAUCCGCAGCUUCCGCAGUCCGUAACCUCCACAAUACAGAAGUCGGAAAAUUCACCUCUCGAGGCGAAAUUCUGGGAGAACGGGAUGGUCACCACGGAAAACCAUACCGAUCAGGAGGAGGAGGACCACCCGAUAUUCAAACAAUACUUUCUUCUAUUCCGAAUGGGGUACCUGUACCACCGGGGGCUAGUUCCUUAGAUAUCAUUACGAACGCUAUUGUCGCGCUGGGUCCCGACAAACAAUUAGAGUUGCUCCAACAAAUGAAGCAAUUCAUCACCACCAAUCCAGACGCGGCUCGGGCCGUUCUAGUUGCACAUCCACAGCUCGCGUACGCCUGUUUCCAAACCAUGCUGACAGCCGAAGUCGUAGAUCCUGCGGUACUCCAGAAAAUGCUCGCUGGCGGUGCUGCACAACCUGCCCCCAGCAACAGGCGCCACCGCCUCCCAUGCCUGUAUCUGCACCCCCAAACCAAUAUCAACAAGGAUAUUACGGGCACCUCCCCGCAAGCAGUACCACCCAUGCCACCCAAUCCAGCGUACCAAUCGUACCAACCCCCAGCCCCUGCACCUCCGCAGGCAUCGCCCGCUUUCCAGGCUGUAUCACCUCAGCAACAGGCUAUGAUCCAACAAGUUCUGUCACUUACUCCGGAACAGAUCAACGGUUUGCCGCCAAACGAGCGGGCCGCUAUCAUGCAAUUAUAA